UCUAGUUGAAAGAAGAGAGACUUCAAAUCAAACACAUUUCUGAAGCUAAUGGACUAGCAAAUGGGCUUUUUGUAAAUAAAUGUCGGAUUUGUAACCAAUGCCCUAAUUUUAUACACAUUGAUUCUCCCAUACGCUUUCUUCCUCGAGCUACCAGAUCAGUAACAAUGAGAAAGAAGAUGAUGAUUUCUGAUCUUCCACACGAACUAGAAUCGGAAAUACUCUCUAGGGUUCCGACCAAGUCUCUAGCAAAGUUGCAAACUACAUGCAAACGAUGGUACGCUUUAUUCAGAGAUCCGAGAUUCGUGAAGAAGAACUUUGGUAAAUCAGAAAGGAGGUUGAUGUUACAUAGUAAUUUCGGCGUUUAUUCAAUUACCGACGAUCUCCAUGGAAUUCACAACAGCGGUGACCCAUCUCUCGAGUUUACAGGUACUAACCUAAAGAUAUCAGAAGAUUUGAAAAUAACCAAAAUCUUUCACUGUGACGGUUUAAUAUUAUGCUCCACUAAGGAAAACACUAGACUCGUUGUUUGGAACCCACGUACCGGUCAAACCAGGUGGAUCAAACGCAGUGAUUGUUACCGGAGUGAGGAUUUGUAUUGUCUUGGAUACGUAAACAGCAAGUCUUCUUACCAUAGCCACAAAAUCUUGAGGUAUUGCUUUUAUUACAACGACCAGAAUGUUUGUGUUGGUGAAUUUGAGAUCUAUGACUUUAGCUCUGAUUCAUGGAGGGUUCUUGAUGACUGCACUCAUAACUGGGGCUUAUUCUGCAAUGGCAUGUCUUUGAAAGGAAAUACUUACUUUGUUGCUGGAGAACAAGAAACAGGAUUUUUCAUGCUGUAUUUUGAUUUCAAGACAGAGAGAUUUGAGCGUCUCCCUCUUCCGUAUCAAAGUUUUGAUUCUGAAGAAACUGCGGUUCUAUCAGUUGUUAGGGAAGAAAAACUUGCGGUGUUACAGCAGAAUAUUCAAGCGUUGUCAAAUGAGAUGAGGAUAUGGGUCACCAAUAAGAUUGAUGAGGCCAAAGACUUGACGUGGAGCAACUUCGUCUUAACAGUGGAUUAUGAUAGAUUUAGUUUACCAAGUGUGAAUAAUGUGUCAAGCUUCUUGUUGGACGAGGAGAAUAAAGUGGCAUUGUGUUGUGAUAGAGACAUGGAUGAUGAAGAUAAGACCAGAGUCUACAUUGUUGGAGAGACUACAUAUAAAGAAGUUUAUAAAGAGACUAUAAAGGGAUCCCAUUUCAAUUGGCCACUUCUCCUCAGUUAUCUUCCAAGCUUGGUUCACAUUCACGAAAAUCACCCAAAAGACAAAAGAAAGGGAAACAAGAAGAGGUUAGUUAAACGAAUUACUUAGUUUCUUUCUUUCUUCUGGUUUUGGUGAUGUUUCUUUGAGCUAAGAUUAGUCAAUUAUUCAAGGUGUUGUUUGUUUCUAUUUAGUUGAUAAACAGAGUAACUGGAUUAAGCUUUUCUUGUCCCUCUUCUUUUGCUUUUGAAUUUGGAUGUGUUAUCUAGUGAUCUUUACUCAGAUACAUUGUUCUGCUUUUAGCCACGUUCAUAUCUUGGAGAGAGUAUCAUCACGUAAGCAGAAUCUUAUAUAAUGAAACCAUUUGACCACAAGUACACAUACAA